AUGGACAUCAGAAUCGACGGGGGAGAAGAGCUGGAGCUUACCGGAGAAGCUGAUGAUGUUACAGUGACCAAUCUUACUAAUCAGAAACCACUCAUGUCUUCUCCUCCUCCGUCAAUUUCCCCGUUGAUUGUUCCUGUGAAGGCGAGUUAUGGUCAAAUCUCUCAAUCUAACGGUGAGGAGGAGUUUGAUUGGGUGGCUGUAGAAAGAGGAGCUGAUGUUGUUAUUACGGAUAAAGCUCCCGAAAUUGACGAAGUCGAAGAAGCUUUCUCUGCACUUCAACUACUCUACGACAGCUUUCAUCUGUUUCAGACCGAUCCGUCAGUUCAGAGGAUGGUUAUGUCCUUGGCUUCAGAUAGAGCUGUGUGGGAUGCGGUGAUGAACAACGAGGUUGUUCGAGAGCUAAUAACCAACGCUGAGAGGUCAGAAGAAGACUCAGGUCCAGCCGCGACUUUCAUAAGGAGGUUGUUUAAGAGAAGUGCAAUCAAAAUCAUUGACGCGAUGGAGAGAGUCACAAAGUACGUCACUGACCUCUUCAAUGUUGUUGUUCCUGGAGAUGAGACGGUUGUGUUAGCCACAGGUCCUGCCCCGGUGAUGGAGAAGCUUCAAAUGACGGUUCUGCUCGCCGUCGUUGUCCUGCUUUUCGUGUUAGUAGCACGAGUCACAAGGGCUAGAUAG